GUUUCAGCUUAAUUUCAAUUAAACCGGAUCCUAUAUCGAAAAUCAGAUUAAUCCCACAAUUUUACUAUAGCUCUAUGUGAAUGUCAAUAAUAAAGUUUAUGCGUAUAGCCAACGAAAAUAUUCUUUAAAAAAAAAAGAAUCAUUAAAAAUAUAUGACAUAACUAAAUUGAUUUUGAAAGAUGAUCACGAUCCAACACUUAUCAUCUUAUGUGACUAUAUAUUUAUGUAAAGCAAAGAAAAAGAUAGUACAUAAUAGCAUCAAUUAAUCUCUAAACAUAACACACAAAAGAUGAUGAUGAUGAAUUGGUGAUGAAUGAUGAACAUCAAUAUCAUCAUCAUCUAGACCUAGACAAAACUGAAAUAAUAGAGUGCAAAGCGGUUGCAGCGAUCCGCGAUUUGAUCUGCCCGCGUCUUGGAAUCAUCCUAAGUUCUCCAGAAGGAGCGGUUGAGACACGGAUUAUGGUGUUGCUAGUGGAAGCGAGCUGUUGGUUUCUUGAGUCGCUGACAGAGAAGAUAUUGGCGAUGAAGGGCAUAGCUCCGCCGCAACAUCAAGUGUUCGUAAGUUUCCGAGGCAGCGACGUCCGCUAUAACUUCUUCAGCUUUCUCAAAGAUGCAUUGGUAAAGAACGGUAUCAAUGUGGUAACGGACGAGGACGCACCUAGGGGAAAACCCAUCGAUGAGAAUCUUUUGAAGCUUAUAAAAGACUCGAGGAUCGCUAUUGUGAUCUUCUCCGAAAACUAUCCCGAAUCGACUUGGUGUUUAGACGAGUUGGUGGAGAUCGAGAAACAAAUGGACCUUAAGAUGCUUGAUUCUUGUCCUAUCUUUUUUGAGGUUGAGACUUGUCACGUUAAACUUCAAGUCGCGAGAAGUACUUUCAACAACAAUCUACUGCAGUUGGAGCAUGAUGAGCGGAAAAAAGCUAGGCAGAUUAGUAAGAAGGCUUGGGAGGAUGCAGAGAAGAGAUUCGAGGGAUGGAGAAAAGCUUUGAUUUCGGUUUCGUCUCGCUUGGGCUUAACAUAUAAGAAGGGAAGCAACCAAGCAACCUUCGUAAAUGAAAUCGUCCAGAAGGUUAAGGCAAUGCUGGAUAACGUUUCCUCACCACACAUUGUGCCGCAACAUCAAGUGUACAUAAGUUUCCGGAGUCAAGAGAUCCGCAACAAGUUCUCCAGCCUUCUUAGAGCCGCUUUACGAAGGAGUGGGAUCAACGUCUUUCUAGAUGAUGAAAAUAUUACUAGAAUAGAGUCGAGAGACGAAGUUGAUAGACUUUUUUGUCGAGUCUCGAGAGUCAAGGAUCGAACUAGUGUUCAUCACCAAAACACAUCGAGAUUAUCUAAUUUUCUACAAGGUCAAUCCCAAUGACAUGAUACAAGAUGAUUACAAGAUCAAAGAUAUAUAUA